CUUCAACACAGUCUGCAGGCCCUAACCCGUACAGACAGAUCAGACUCUGGACUCCUUCCCUCCACCUUUCCGUCAUGUGCUGUGGUUCCUCCUGUCUUCAGCAUUUCCUGUAUACUUCCUACCUCCCCUAGUCAGUCAAACACCAUGCUCAGGAACAGUGGCAGGAAUCAACCUCUCUCUCUCUCUCUCCCUCCCCUCGUUGAGGAGAUGCUUGUCUUGUGUGUUUUAAGCCAAGAUCAACAGAGGUUCUGUGUCCCAAAUGGUGCCCUAUUCCCUAAUAUAGUGUUCUACUUUUAGAAAGUAGUGCACUAUAUAGGGAAUAGGGUGCCAUAGGGCUCUGGUCUAAAGUAGUGCAUUAUAUAGGGUUCCAUAGGGCUCUGGUCUAAAGUAGUGCAUUAUAUAGGGUUCCAUAGGGCUCUGGUCUAAAGUAGUGCACUAUAUAGGGAAUAGGGUGCCAUAGGGCUCUGGUCUAAAGUAGUGCACUAUAUAGGGAAUAGGGUGCCAUUUGGGACACAGAUUUGGCUCUGGAGACACCUGUUCAAUCAGACUGUCUUUGGUUUAUGGUUAAGUCCUCAUUGUUACUCCUGGCCCGCGCAGCUGAAGCGGUGCUACACAGUUGUCGGUUUGUUUUCAAAAGCUUUACGUUGUGAAUGGUCUUUCUAGAUCUUUCUAUCUGAAGUUAUGAACAGGAUUGUUGUGACGGCACCCUACCAAGAAAGACCCGCAUUGAUGAGAUCAACUUACUUAUGCAUUGACAUAAUACUGCAGUAUCUGGACAGGUUGAGGUAAUACUACAGUAUCUGGACAGGUUGAGGUAAUACUGCAGUAUCUGGACAGGUUGAGGUAAUACUACAGUAUCUGGACAGGUUGAGGUAAUACUACAGUAUCUGGACAGGUUGAGGUAAUACUACAGUAUCUGGACAGGUUGAGGUAAUACUACAUUAUCUGGACAGGUUGAGGUAAUACUGCAGUAUCUGGACAGGUUGAGGUAAUACUACAGUAUCUGGACAGGUUGAGGUAAUACUACAGUAUCUGGACAGGUUGGGGUAAUACUACAGUAUCUGGACAGGUUGAGGUAAUACCACAGUAUCUGGACAGGUUGAGGUAAUACCACAGUAUCUGGACAGGUUGAGGUAAUACUACAGUAUCUGGACAGGUUGACAUAAUACUGCAGUAUCUGGACAGGUUGAGGUAAUACUGCAGUAUCUGGUCAGGUUGAGGUAAUACUACAGUAUCUGGACAGGUUGAGGUAAUACUACAGUAUCUGGACAGGUUGAGGUAAUACCACAGUAUCUGGACAGGUUGAGGUAAUACUACAGUAUCUGGACAGGUUGAGGUAAUACCACAGUAUCUGGACAGGUUGAGGUAAUACUACAGUAUCUGGACAGGUUGAGGUAAUACCACAGUAUCUGGACAGGUUGAGGUAAUACCACAGUAUCUGGACAGGUUGAGGUAAUACCACAGUAUCUGGACAGGUUGAGGUAAUACCACAGUAUCUGGACAGGUUGAGGUAAUACUACAGUAUCUGGACAGGUUGAGGUAAUACCACAGUAUCUGGACAGGUUGAGGUAAUACCACAGUAUCUGGACAGGUUGAGGUAAUACUACAGUAUCUGGACAGGUUGAGGUAAUACUGCAGUAUCUGGACAGGUUGAGGUAAUACUGCAGUAUCUGGACAGGUUGAGGUAAUACUACAGUAUCUGGACAGGUUGAGGUAAUACCACAGUAUCUGGACAGGUUGAGGUAAUACCGCAGUAUCUGGACAGGUUGAGGUAAUACUGCAGUAUCUGGACAGGUUGAGGUAAUACUACAGUAUCUGGACAGGUUGAGGUAAUACUACAGUAUCUGGACAGGUUGAGGUAAUACCACAGUAUCUGGACAGGUUGAGGUAAUACCGCAGUAUCUGGACAGGUUGAGGUAAUACUGCAGUAUCUGGACAGGUUGAGGUAAUACUACAGUAUCUGGACAGGUUGAGGUAAUACUACAGUAUCUGGACAGGUUGAGGUAAUACUACAGUAUCUGGACAGGUUGAGGUAAUACUACAGUAUCUGGACAGGUUGAGGUAAUACCACAGUAUCUGGACAGGUUGAGGUAAUACUACAGUAUCUGGACAGGUUGAGGUAAUACUGCAGUAUCUGGACAGGUUGAGGUAAUACUACAGUAUCUGGACAGGUUGAGGUAAUACUACAGUAUCUGGACAGACAGAUAAGGAUGGGAUACCUCGUCAGUUAGACAACUGAAUGCAUUCAACCGAAAUGUGUGUUCCACAUUUAACCCCUCAAUCAGAGAGGUGCAGGUGGCUGCCUUAAUCGAUUUCCACGUCAUCGGCGCCCGGGGCACAGUUGUUGUUGGGGGUUAGCUGCCUUGCUCAAGGGCAGAAUGGCAGAUUUUUCCACCUCGCCGGCUCUGGGAUUCAAACAGCGACCUUUCAAUUACUGGUCCAACUCUCUUAACCACUAGGCUACCUAACGCUCUCUCCUCCUCCCAACGGCCCGGUAUCUCUCUCUGCUCCUCCCAACGGCCCGGUCUCGCUCUCUGCUCCUCCCAACGGCCCGGUCUCGCUCUCUGCUCCUCCCAACGGCCCGGUCUCGCUCUCUGCUCCUCCCAACGGCCCGGUCUCGCUCUCUGCUCCUCCCAACGGCCCGGUCUCGCUCUCUGCUCCUCCCAACGGCCCGGUCUCGCUCUCUGCUCCUCCCAACGGCCCGGUCUCGCUCUCUGCCCUUCAUCUUUAACCUGUCUCCUCCCCUUCAUCUUUAACCCGACUCCUCCCCUUCAUCUACACUGAUUGAAGUUGACUUAACAAGUGAGAUCAAUAAGCGAUCAUAGCUUUCACCUGGUCAGUCUGUCAUGGAAUUAAAAGCCAUUUAUACUGAGAAACCUUGAGUACAGAGUCAUGAGUCAGAUUACAUGUAUAUUAUCCCAGCACCAUAUUUACACAUUGGAUCCGUUUCGUUCGUUUGCAGGUUUGUGUACGUGGCCCGUUUAAGAUGUCAACACUCGUUGGUUUAGUGAGAGCGCGACGUAACAACAGAAGUUAGGCUCGUCUGCUGCGCCCUCCUUCCCCCGACUACGGGAACAAAUACCAAGGACAAUUAACACGAGGCAUUACCAGUAACACAAGAUGUCUGCAUCUCGCUAGAUCUAUACGCCAGCUUCUCUCUGAUACCAUUACAGCGGCCAUAGUUAACUCGGCCACUGGUCACCUGGUUACGUUGAAAGGUUCUUCAUACCCGUUUCACACUUAUAUCAGUUACAGAACCAUUUCAAGGGAAGCUGGUUAGUGACUCUUGGCUUGAGCUCCCCAGGUCAUUAUUUGAGAUGCUCGGAGAGAACAUUGUCCAUGAACACAGGCUUCUCUCUACUGCCAUUUCACUGGCCAUAGUAUCUACUCCAUUACAGAGUGGCCAAACAUCUAUACAGAUCUCUGCUCCAGUAACUGGCUGUGGUGUUUCAGAUCUCUGCUCCAGUAACUGGCUGUGGUGUUUCAGAUCUCUGCUCCAGUAACUGGCUGUGGUGUUUCAGAUCUCUGCUCCAGUAACUGGCUGUGGUGUUUCAGAUCUCUGCUCCAGUAACUGGCUGUGGUAACUGCUGACAUCUAUCACACUUAUUGCCAAGUCACCCAGUCUAAUGCCAAGUCACCCAGUCUAAUGCCAAGUCACCCAGUCUAAUGCCAAGUCACCCAGGUUGAGAUGUCAAGUCACCCAGAGUGAGAUGUCAAGUCACCCAGUCUAAUGCCAAGUCACCCAGUCUAAUGCCAAGUCACCCAGGUUGAGAUGCCAAGUCACCCAGUCUAAUGCCAAGUCACCCAGUCUAAUGCCAAGUCACCCAGUCUAAUGCCAAGUCACCCAGGUUGAGAUGCCAAGACACCCAGGUUGAGAUGCCACGACACCCAGUCUAAUGCCAAGUCACCCAGUCUAAUGCCAAGUCACUCAGUCUAAUGCCAAGUCACCCAGGUUGAGAUGCCAAGUCACCCAGUCUAAUGCCAAGUCACCCAGUCUAAUGCCAAGUCACCCAGGUUGAGAUGCCACGACAUCCAGUCUAAUGCCAAGUCACCCAGUCUAAUGCCAAGUCACCCAGUCUAAUGCCAAGUCACCCAGUCUAAUGCCAAGUCACCCAGGUUGAGAUGCCAAGUCAUCCAGUCUAAUGCCAAGUCACCCAGUCUAAUGCCAAGUCACCCAGGUUGAGAUGCCACGACACCCAGUCUAAUGCCAAGUCACCCAGUCUAAUGCCAAGUCACUCAGUCUAAUGCCAAGUCACCCAGGUUGAGAUGCCAAGUCACCCAGUUUGAGAUGCCACGACACCCAGUCUAAUGUCAAGACACCCAGUCUAAUGCCAAGUCACCCAGUCUAAUGCCAAGUCACCCAGUCUAAUGCCAAGUCACCCAGUCUAAUGCCAAGUCACCCAGUUUGAGAUGCCAAGUCACCCAGUUUGAGAUGCCAAGUCACCCAGUUUGAGAUGCCAAGACACCCAGUCUAAUGCCAAAUCACCCAGUCUAAUGCCAAAUCACCCAGUCUAAUGCCGAGUCACCCAGUCUAAUGCCGAGUCACCCAGUCUAAUGCCGAGUCACCCAGUCUAAUGCCAAGUCACCCAGUUUGAGAUGCCGGGUCACCCAGUCUAAUGCCAAGUUACCCAGUCUAAUGCCAAGUUACCCAGUCUAAUGCCAAGUUACCCAGUCUAAUGCCAAGUUACCCAGUCUAAUGCCAAGUCACCCAGUCUAAUGCCAAGACACCCAGUCUAAUGCCAAGACACCCAGUCUAAUGCCAAGUCACCCAGUUUGAGAUGCCAAGUCCCCCAGUCUAAUGCCAAGUCACCCAGUCUAAUGCCAAGUCACCCAGUCUAAUGCCAAGUCACCCAGUCUAAUGCCAAGUCACCCAGUCUAAUGCCAAGUCACUGGGUGUCUUGGCAUCUCAACCUGGGUGUCUUGGCAUCUCAACCUGGGUGUCUUGGCAUCUCAACCUGGGUGACUUGGCAUCUCAACCUGGGUGUCGUGGCAUUAGACUGGGCAUUAGACUGGGUGACUUGGCAUUAGACUGGGUUUAUAUAACAUUACAAUGCCAUAGGUUUAUAUAACAUUACAAUGCCAUAGGUUUAUAUAACAUUACAAUGCCAUAGGUUUAUAUAACAUUACAAUGCCAUAGGUUUAUAUAACAUUACAAUGCCAUAGGUUUAUAUAACAUUACAAUGCCAUAGGUUUAUAUAACAUUACAAUGCCAUAGGUUUAUAUAACAUUACAAUGCCAUAGGUUUAUAUAACAUUACAAUGCCAUAGGUUUAUAUAACAUUACAAUGCCAUAGGUUUAUAUAACAUUACAAUGCCAUAGGUUUAUAUAACAUUACAAUGCCAUAGGUUUAUAUAACAUUACAAUGCCAUAGGUUUAUAUAACAUUACAAUGCCAUGGGCCAUAGGUUUAUAUGAACUCCAACAUUUGAUGUGCAGCUUUGUUUAGUGGGGUCGUUGGGAUCACAGUAUAUUCUGUGUUUAGUGGGGGUCGUUGGGAUCACAGUAUAUUCUGUGUUUAGUGGUGUCGUUGGGAUCACAGUAUAUUUUGUGUUUAGUGGGGGUCGUUGGGAUCGCAGUAUAUUCUGUGUUUAGUGGGGGUCGUUGGGAUCGCAGUAUAUUCUGUGAUUAGUGGGGGUCGUUGGGAUCACAGUAUAUUGUGUUUAGUGGGGGUCGUUGGGAUCGCAGUAUAUUCUGUGUUUAGUGGGGGUCGUUGGGAUCACAGUAUAUUCUGUGUUUAGUGGGGGUCGUUGGGAUCGCAGUAUAUUCUGUGAUUAGUGGGGGUCGUUGGGAUCACAGUAUAUUCUGUGUUUAGUGGGGGUCGUUGGGAUCGCAGUGUAUUCUGUGUUUAGUGGGGGUCGUUGGGAUCGCAGUAUAUUCUGUGAUUAGUGGGGGUCGUUGGGAUCACAGUAUAUUCAGUGUUUAGUGGGGGUCGUUGGGAUCGCAGUAUAUUCUGUGUUUAGUGGGGGUCGUUGGGAUCACAGUAUAUUGUGUUUAGUGGGGGUCGUUGGGAUCGCAGUAUAUUCUGUGAUUAGUGGGGGUCGUUGGGAUCGCAGUAUAUUCUGUGUUUAGUGGGGGUCCUUGGGGUCGUUGGGAUCACAGUAUAUUCUGUGUUUAGUGGGGGUCGUUGGGAUCGCAGUGUAUUCUGUGUUUAGUGGGGGUCGUUGGGAUCACAGUAUAUUCUGUGUUUAGUGGGGGUCCUUGGGGUCACAGUAUAUUCUGUGUUUAGUGGGGGUCCUUGGCGUCGUUUGGAUCGCAGUGUAUUCUGUGUUUAGUGGGGGUCUUUGGGAUCACAGUAUAUUCUGUGUUUAGUGGGGGUCGUUGGGAUCGCAGUAUAUUCUGUGUUUAGUGGGGGUCCUUGGGGUCGUUGGGAUCACAGUAUAUUCUGUGUUUAGUGGGCGUCGUUGGGAUCACAGUAUAUUCUGUGUUUAGUGGGGGUCGUUGGGAUCACAGUAUAUUCUGUGUUUAGUGGGGGUCGUUGGGAUCACAGUAUAUUCUGUGUUUAGUGGGGGUCGUUGGGAUCGCAGUAUAUUCUGUGUUUAGUGGGGGUCGUUGGGAUCGCAGUAUAUUCUGUGUUUAGUGGGGGUCCUUGGGGUCGUUGGGGUCACAGUAUAUUCUGUGUUUAGUGGGGGUCGUUGGGGUCACAGUAUAUUCUGUGUUUAGUGGGGGUCGUUGGGAUCGCAGUGUAUUCUGUGUUUAGUGGGGGUCGUUGGGAUCGCAGUAUAUUCUGUGUUUAGUGGGGGUCGUUGGGAUCGCAGUAUAUUCUGUGUUUAGUGGGGGUCAUUGGGAUCACAGUGUAUUCUGUGUUUAGUGGGGGUCGUUGGGAUCGCAGUAUAUUCUGUGUUUAGUGGGGGUCCUUGGGGUCGUUGGGAUCACAGUGUAUUCUGUGUUUAGUGGGGGUCGUUGGGAUCGCAGUAUAUUCUGUGAUUAGUGGGGGUCGUUGGGAUCACAGUAUAUUCUGUGUUUAGUGGGGGUCCUUGGGGUCACAGUAUAUUCUGUGUUUAGUGGGGGUCGUUGGGAUCGCAGUAUAUUCUGUGUUUAGUGGGGGUCGUUGGGAUCACAGUAUAUUCUGUGUUUAGUGGGGGUCUUUGGGAUCACAGUAUAUUCUGUGUUUAGUGGGGGUCUUUGGGAUCACAGUAUAUUCUGUGUUUAGUGGGGGUCCUUGGGGUCGUUGGGAUCGCAGUAUAUUCUGUGUUUACUGGGGUCGUUGGGAUCGCAGUAUAUUCUGUGUUUAGUGGGGGUCGUUGGGAUCGCAGUAUAUUCUGUGUUUAGUGGGGGUCCUUGGGGUCGUUGGGAUCACAGUAUAUUCUGUGUUUAGUGGGGGUCGUUGGGAUCGCAGUGUAUUCUGUGUUUAGUGGGGGUCGUUGGGAUCGCAGUAUAUUCUGUGUUUAGUGGGGGUCGUUGGGAUCGCAGUAUAUUCUGUGUUUAGAGGGGGUCGUUGGGAUCACAGUAUAUUGUGUUUAGUGGGGGUCCUUGGGGUCACAGUAUAUUCUGUGUUUAGUGGGGGUCGUUGGGAUCGCAGUAUAUUCUGUGUUUAGUGGGGGUCGUUGGGAUCGCAGUAUAUUCUGUGUUUAGAGGGGGUCGUUGGGAUCACAGUAUAUUCUGUGUUUAGUGGGGGUCCUUGGGGUCACAGUAUAUUCUGUGUUUAGUGGGGGUCUUUGGGAUCACAGUAUAUUGUGUUUAGUGGGGGUCCUUGGGGUCACAGUAUAUUCUGUGUUUAGUGGGGGUCGUUGGGAUCACAGUAUAUUCUGUGUUUAGUGGGGGUCGUUGGGAUCACAGUAUAUUCUGUGUUUAGUGGGGGUCCUUGGGGUCACAGUAUAUUCUGUGUUUAGUGGGGUCUUUGGGAUCACAGUAUAUUGUGUUUAGUGGGGGUCCUUGGGGUCACAGUAUAUUCUGUGUUUAGUGGGGGUCGUUGGGAUCACAGUAUAUUCUGUGUUUAGUGGGGGUCGUUGGGAUCACAGUAUAUUCUGUGUUUAGUGGGGGUCCUUGGGGUCACAGUAUAUUCUGUGUUUAGUGGGGGUCCUUGGGAUUGCAGUGUAUUCUGUGUUUAGUGGGGGUCCUUGGCGUCGUUGGGAUCGCAGUAUAUUCUGUGUUUAGUGGGGGUCCUUGGCGUCGUUGGGAUCGCAGUAUAUUCUGUGUUUAGUGGGGGUCGUUGGGAUCGCAGUAUAUUCUGUGAUUAGUGGGGGUCGUUGGGAUCACAGUAUAUUCUGCGAAUAAAUGCACUUCGUCUCGCUGAGGAUGAUGGGAUUUUAUAUUAGAUAUGUUGCUUAAGCUUUGAUUCUGUGAUGAGGACUGAAAUCGUUUUAUUUUAUUUUAGAAAUGUUUUUUUUUUAUUGUAAUGUUUCUAUCGAAUAUUACUCUUGUAUAGUAUAGCCCUUUUACACUCAUCUGUAUACAAGCUGAAACGGCAGAUUUGGGCACUUAAGUUGGAACGCAGUGACUGUCUAGGUCACAUUAUAGUCAUAUCAGAGGCUUCACAGCUCUGUUUUGAUUGACAGCCGUUCUGAACAUGAACACCGCACUCAACAACAAGUUAGUUGCCCCCAUCUCUCCAGGUAAUUGGGCAACUUUCUGUCGUCUGAUUGAGGUUAAAGCUGUAAAUUAAGAGGUGUCUCAUGUAUUUUGAAAGAUGACAUGUUGAGGAUUAUAAUGAAUACCGCUUUGAUGUCCUACAAGCAAACCAAACACCCGUUGAGUCCAAAUGUGGACUUGAUAUUUCCAUAUCAUAGUGUCCAUGUUUAUGAUCACUGUUGUUUGAUGUACAGCUACAAGAUGACAUGGUUAAAAAAACAGUCUUUCAGUUCAAGCCCACCUGACCCAGGUUGAGAUUCAUAAUGGACCGUUUCUGGACUGGGUGAAACAACAACAGUCAUUGUGUGACGGUGGGGAUGCAGGGUUGUGUUCCAAGAUGAAACAACUACAAGUGUCCUCUAGUUCCUCACAGCUGGGAGAGGAAAAACAAUUGAUAGUUGAAGACUGUUUGUUGAGUCAUAAAAGUGCAUUGAGAUGUCUUAUGAGCUGUGAACUGUGGAGAGGUGUGUCCAUUUGGAGACACCCCAGGUAGUCUUCUCACUCAGACCCUUGUAAUCGUUUUGUCUUAUGGACUGUGAACUGUGGAGAGGUGUGUCCAUUUGGAGACACCCCAGGUAGUCUUCUCACUCAGACCCUUGUAAUCGUUUUGUCUUAUGGACUGUGAACUGAGGAGAGGUGUGUCCACUUGGAGACACCCCAGGUAGUCUUCUCACUCAGACCCUUGUAAUCGUUUUGUCUUAUGUUUCAUCUACCCCUCGUUUUCCAGGAAUAUUCUUAUUAACAUGUUACUGAAUGUAUCCAGAGUAUUUUCAGAUUUCGUGAUCAACAAAUGGGGUGAAAAGUACAGAAAAUAAGAGUAUAAAUAAAUAAGAGCAUAAAACCAACAGUGUGAUGUUUAGAUUCUGUCUUGUCAGGUGAACUUUGUUCUGGUGAUUUUCCCUUAAGCUCCACUGAUUCAUUUCAAUUGCUACCAUGCUAAUAAAUAUGCUUUUCGUAUUUCUUCUGUAAGAAACAUUUAAAUGUAGCCCUAUCCAUUUUGGCACCCCGUUACACUGGUGGGAACGUAAGACUUGUUGCCAUAAAUUGAAAUACUCCUCUGUUUUGAUCAGUAGAAAACCUUUUAAUUGUCAAUUUCACUUUCAAGCAACAAGAAAACCCCCCACAAAGAUCAAGUUUUGUUAUUUGGGUUGUUUUGUGUUUUUGAGGUUUCUGUUAGUAGCUAAACCAGAUUAUACACAGAGUGUACAAAACAUUAGGAAAACCGUCCUAAUAUUGAGUUGAAGCCCUGUUUUCCCUCAGUUCAGCCUUGUGCAUUCUUUGGAGUAUGGACUCUACGAGGUGUCCAAAGCGUUCCACAGGGAUGCUGGCCCAUGUUGACUCUACAAGGUGUCCAAAGAGUUCCACAGGGAUGCUGGCCCAUGUUGACUCUACAAGAUGUCCAAAGCGUUCCACAGGGAUGCUGGCCCAUGUUGUCUCUACAAGGUGUCCAAAGCGUUCCACAGGGAUGCUGGCCCAUGUUGUCUCUACAAGGUGUCCAAAGCGUUCCACAGGGAUGCUGGCCCAUGUUGUCUCUACAAGGUGUCCAAAGCGUUCCACAGGGAUGCUGGCCCAUGUUGUCUCUACAAGGUGUCUAAAGCGUUCCACAGGGAUGCUGGCCCAUGUUGUCUCUACAAGGUGUCCAAAGCGUUCCACAGGGAUGCUGGCCCAUGUUGUCUCUACAAGGUGUCCAAAGCGUUCCACAGGGAUGCUGGCCCAUGUUGUCUCUACAAGGUGUCUAAAGCGUUCCACAGGGAUGCUGGCCCAUGUUGUCUCUACAAGGUGUCUAAAGCGUUCCACAGGGAUGCUGGCCCAUGUUGUCUCUACAAGGUGUCCAAAGCGUUCCACAGGGAUGCUGGUCCAUGUUGUCUCUACAAGGUGUCCAAAGCGUUCCACAGGGAUGCUGGCCCAUGUUGACUCUACAAGGUGUCCAAAGCGUUCCACAGGGAUGCUGGCCCAUGUUGUCUCUACAAGGUGUCCAAAGCGUUCCACAGGGAUGCUGGCCCAUGUUGACUCUACAAGGUGUCCAAAGCGUUCCACAGGGAUGCUGGCCCAUGUUGACUCUACAAGGUGUCCAAAGCGUUCCACAGGGAUGCUGGCCCAUGUUGACUCUACAAGGUGUCCAAAGCGUUCCACAGGGAUGCUGGCCCAUGUGGACUCUACAAGGUGUCUAAAGCGUUCCACAGGGAUACUGGCCCAUGUUGACUCUACAAGGUGUCCAAAGCGUUCCACAGGGAUGCUGGCCCAUGUUGACUCUACAAGGUGUCCAAAGCGUUCCACAGGGAUGCUGGCCCAUGUUGACUCUACAAGGUGUCCAAAGCGUUCCACAGGGAUGCUGGCCCAUGUUGACUCUACAAGGUGUCCAAAGAGUUCCACAGGGAUGCUGGCCCAUGUUGACUCUACAAGGUGUCCAAAGAGUUCCACAGGGAUGCUGGUCCAUGUUGACUCUACAAGGUGUCCAAAGAGUUCCACAGGGAUGCUGGCCCAUGUUGACUCUACAAGGUGUCCAAAGCGUUCCACAGGGAUGCUGGCCCAUGUUGACUCUACAAGGUGUCCAAAGAGUUCCACAGGGAUGCUGGCCCAUGUUGACUCUACAAGGUGUCCAAAGCGUUCCACAGGGAUACUGGCCCAUGUGGACUCUACAAGGUGUCCAAAGCGUUCCACAGGGAUGCUGGUCCAUGUUGACUCUACAAGGUGUCCAAAGCGUUCCACAGGGAUGCUGGUCCAUGUUGACUCUACAAGGUGUCCAAAGCGUUCCACAGGGAUGCUGGCCCAUGUUGACUCUACAAGGUGUCCAAAGAGUUCCACAGGGAUGCUGGCCCAUGUUGACUCUACAAGGUGUCCAAAGCGUUCCACAGGGAUACUGGCCCAUGUGGACUCUACAAGGUGUCCAAAGCGUUCCACAGGGAUGCUGGUCCAUGUUGACUCUACAAGGUGUCCAAAGCGUUCCACAGGGAUGCUGGCCCAUGUUGACUCUACAAGGUGUCCAAAGAGUUCCACAGGGAUGCUGGUCCAUGUUGACUCUACAAGGUGUCCAAAGCGUUCCACAGGGAUGCUGGCCCAUGUUGACUCUACAAGGUGUCCAAAGCGUUCCACAGGGAUGCUGGUCCAUGUGGACUCUACAAGGUGUCCAAAGCGUUCUACAGGGAUGCUGGUCCAUGUUGACUCUACAAGGUGUCCAAAGCGUUCCACAGGGAUGCUGGCCCAUGUUGACUCUACAAGGUGUCCAAAGCGUUCCACAGGGAUACUGGCCCAUGUGGACUCUACAAGGUGUCCAAAGCUUUCCACAGGGAUGCUGGCCCAUGUGGACUCUACAAGGUGUCCAAAGCUUUCCACAGGGAUACUGGCCCAUGUUGACUCUAUAAGGUGUCCAAAGCUUUCCACAGGGAUACUGGUCCAUGUUGACUCUACAAGGUGUCCAAAGCGUUCCACAGGGAUACUGGCAACUUGACAGUUGUGUCAAGUUGUCUGGAUGUCCUUUGGGUGGUGGGCCAUUCCUUAUAUACAUGGGAAACUGUUGAGUGUGAAAAACCCAGCAGCUUUGCAGUUCUUGACACAAACCGGUGCGCAUGGCACCUACUACCAUACCCCGUUCAAAGACACUUAAAUCUAUUGGUCUUGCCCCAUUCACCAUCUGAAUGGCACACACACACAAUCCAUGUCUCAAAUGUCUCAAGGCUUAAAAAUCCUUCUUUAACCAGACUCCUCCCCUUCAUCUACACUGAUAGAAGUGGAUUUAACAGGUGACAUCAAUAAGGGAUCAUAGCUUUCACCUGGAUUCCCCUGUCAUGGUAAGAGCAAGUGUUCUGUACACUCAGUGUAUAUGGAGGUUGAAACCAAGCCUUCGUGGUCUGGCUAUCUGUCAUGUUGAAGGAGUUGAACAAAGCUUUUCUGCUGAUGAUGAUGAUACCAAUCUGUUAUUUUACAUCUGCCAUGACAUGUAAACCUGGAAAAUAAAUACCCUGUGUCCUA